AUGUCAACUCCAGCCUCAAAACCCCGUCGCCGGAAUUCUUUUAUCGGCCAAUGGGAUAAUACAACAAAUGUAGUCAACAUAAAAUCAAGAUAUUACAGCACUACUACCGCAGAUCGCUAUACAAGCUCUCAAAAAGCAACAUUUACCAGAUGGUUAAAUAUCCAAUUGCGCGCUCUUCCACUCGAUAUAUCAAACUUUCCAGAGAUAAAGGCUAUCGACAUGGAUUUUCGGGAUGGUAAACUGUUGAUCAAACUACUCCAAGUUCUAUACCCCGAAGAUACCGACUUGCCCAAGGCUGAACGCGGAAAUACGAGACACCAUCAUAUUGCGAAUGUUAAUAAAGUAUUAACGUAUGUGCGAGACAAGCUUGAUGCCUCGAGUUUAGCAGCUUUGGAUGCUAUCGGUCCAGUUGAUAUCGUGGAUGGGAACGUAAAGUUGACCAUGGGUUUAAUCUGGUUGGUGAUCUCAAAGUUCCAUCAUCUGUCUUCGGUUUUUGAAGUUGACCAAGUUGUUAUCGAAGAAGCAGUUAAUGAGCAUGACAGAGAAGAGAGUGAGGUGUGGUAUUCGAGCGGAGAGAGUGAAGUGGAAAGAAGUAUUAGUGAUAUAGUCGAAGAGGAAGAAAGUGUAGAGGUGAGUAAAGUGAGUACGGGUGUAAACGAGGAGGAACAAGACGUAUCUAUGGUAAACAAACAAUCGAGAGCAAGCAAAUAUGAUACGGAUUUGAGUUUAGAAGAACCGGGGGAAAAUGAAGAGACCAAAGUGAUAGAUAAAGACGAAAACACCGAAACGCAGACUCAGGGCGUUAGCGGAAAUCUUGAAACCCCACCGGAAUCGACUGGAAAGGGGGUCGAGAAAAUCACGUCAAUUAUCGACGAGGAAUCAAGCUCUGCACAUAAAGUACGUCAAAUUGUAACCGAACCCGAAGAUUAUAGUUCUUCAUGGGGCUCAUCCACGCUGCACUUACCACUCAACAGAUCCCGACGUCCCCUUCCCCCUCAAUACGUUUCGAAACGAAUGUCGAUGCCGGCAAGCGCUUUCGAAACGUUAAACCAGAAACCAACUCGCACAGCAUCCGGCCGUUUUCGCACACUUCAUGUACGUUCCAAUUCGACGCCAAUACACUCAUCCUCAGGGCUUUUAUUCUGGCUCAACGUCCAGCUUAUUGAUCUCGAAGCCCAGCUUCCCGGAAAUUUGUAUCCUGUAAAGAAUUUUGAAAGCUUGAAUGAUGGAAUAUUAUUGACCGCGCUCGUGCAUCACUUGAAUAAAUUUUGGUUAGAUGACUUUGAGUCUUUGAUUAAGGAUGAGGGAGGAGAUGAGGAUGGAGAGGAAAGUAAAAAGAGAAAAAUAAAAAAGAGAUUGAGCGAGUGUUUUAUCAUAUUGGAACAAAAAUUGAGUGUAAAGCAACCGACAAAGCUGAUCGAAUUGCUUGUUAAGAGUGAUGAAAAUGCGGAUAAAUCGGGCAUUGAAUGGAGCCAGACUGUUUCAAAAGUUUUGAUACCGGAUUCCAAUGUUGAAACACAGCGUUCCGGAUAUCCAUCUCUGCCAGUCUCAAAUGUCGACAAACCGCUUCCCCCGCCACCAAUCUCUUACGCGCCUACGACCAACAUGCAACCUCGUCCACCCGAAUAUCACCAUUCCUCUCAACCUCUUAUGCAAGCUUCCAAACUUGCAUAUGCUACGCGCGAGGUUCCUUCUCGAUCGAUACCAAAUUUUGACAAACCGACAACCUCGUCUCCACGUUCUCAUCCUCGACGUCGAUCAUCAUCGCCUCAACCAGCUUGGGCAUCCUCUUCUUCAUCAAUAGUCGCGGCCAUCUGGGAGUGGACAUCCAAUUGGCUUGCAAACGAAUUCGAAGACCAGGAGAUGUACGAUUUCGACGAUAUAGAUGAAUACGAUAGAUCCGGGGCACGUGAACUGGAUUUUGAGGAUAUCGCACGUCGUGAGUAUGAUGAAGACAUUCCGUUGCAGCUGUUGUUGACUAACAUUGAUCAUUCGUCGAUCUAUUGGACACGUCGGGCUUGA